AUGCCAACACCAUCAUCGAAUCCGCCUGUUGAGGCUGCGUCGCCGCGCUCCUAUAGUUUCUCGACAUGUCCUGACGACGUUCAACAUCAGCCACGUCCCGCUUGGCAAUCGCGCGGCGACGAAGAAGCUCGUGUCGACAACAUCGGUGUCCAGCCCAGCCCCGAUGUCUCUGUAGAUGGCGGCUCGCCACUCACCGUUGACGCGCCGCCUGCACCCGAGCGUCCAAACGACGAUACCAUCAUGUACGAUGGACGUCCACCCAAUGACUCAUCUUCAAGAUCUACUACCAUGUCACCACGCCCGCAAACCGCUACCACUACCAUAACAACCCCUAUGCACGAUGGAUCUGAAUCCGAAACCAAGGGAAGGGAUGCCGAAAUCGGUAAUCAGCUGAGCCGAGAGCCUUCCCAUAAUACACAACAAGCUACCGAAUCCGAAUCAGCUCUGUGCGAAUCAUCCAGACGGAGAAGAUCCCCUAAUCAAGACUCAGAGUGGACUGAUUUUGAUGCGCAAGAAGAUGAGCUCUGGUCCCCAUCCAUGGGUCCGGACUACUCCUGCAUGCGGACUAUACCUUCAACGCCAUCUUCUUACCUCCGUCCGGGUAGCAAGUUCCAUGGCACACAGCAGUCAGAACGGCAAGUCUACGACGUGCAAGUCGAGAUCAAACAUGUCGACAUGCGCGAGUCUUUCCUUUGUGGUUAUCUUCGAAUUCAAGGUUUGACCGAAGAUCAUCCUACCCUCACAACGUAUUUUGAGGGAGAAAUUAUUGGAUCCAAGUACAGCUUCUAUACCCAGCACGAGAACUGGGGCGCAAAUAGCAAGGUCGAUCUGAGCCACUGGGCCAAAUUCACUGCUUUUCGUCCCUUCCAGAAGCAAGCUCGCAAGGGCCCCGUCACCAUUCGCGAUGCUGCUCAGCGAGAAACUAUCUUCAUGCGCUGGAAAGAGCACUUUCUGGUGCCAGACCACCGUGUCCGUACGAUAACAGGCGCCAGCUUCGAAGGGUUCUAUUAUAUUUGCUUCAACCAGGUCAAGGGUGAAGUGAGCGGUAUCUACUUUCACUCUAAAAGCGAAAAGUUGGUCUUCAACGCUCAUCACAUGGUGAACUUGUCACUAACUUCUCAAAGGUUCCAACAACUGGAAUUAAAGCAUGUACCCGAUCGAGGAUGCUUUGCUGCAACGGAAUUCCGUUAG